AUGGAUGCAGCGCAGAUCUUGGUGGAGACGCUUGGCAGCGACCCGGCAGGCACUACCACCCGAGAGAAGGUGCUCAGAGCACUGCUCAAUCGAUACUUGCUUGAGGAUGCCUUUCGGAUGGGCAUGGUGGAUACUCGCCAGAUGAUAGAGCUCAUGGCUCUUCCUGGCGUGGUGGUCCCCGGCCGCGUGGCAACGCAGGUCCCUGAGGCUGAGGCCAGCGGAGAUGAGGCCGGGGAGGCCAGUGGGGAAGAAGACUCGGAUGACUAUGGGCAGCCGCGUGGCCGCCACCUUGGUCAGGAGAUCCUCAUGGGGAUGAGAGCCUGCGGCUUCCUCAAUGAGGAAGAGCUGCACAGCUUCGCCGCAAGCAUGCAGAUCGAUCUUCCAGGACCGGACGAGACUACGGACGCAGACGAGGAGGCGCCUCCGAAGCUGCGUCGCGCGGGGCGGAGGCGAAGGAAGAAGCGGAGGAGACCGGCAGACGACGGUGCGGAAGGACAGGAAGCCGCACAAGACAAUGGCUUGGGAGUCGAUCAGGAGGCCGCUCCCGCCGUUGACCCGCCGCGGCCGAAACGAAAGAAACGGCGGCGGAGGAAACUUCCGCCGCCAGACAUCCCUGUCGAGACAGGUGAAGGCGAAGCAGCAGAGCUGGCAGACGAGGACGACUCGAAAGCCGAGCUUGCGAAAGCCAGCGAGAUGCUUGCGCAGGAGGAGCUUUUCUGGCGCUGA